AUGCUCUCCUUCCCUGAUGCUGUCUCCCUACAACUGAAAUCCCUAAACCUAAGUCAGAUAAUGAAAGAGCCAACCCAUAUCUCUCUCAAAGACUCCAACAAGUCCUCUCUCAUUGACAUCCUUCUCACCAACUUCCCCUCCCACUGUCAGUUUGGUGUAUUCUCCCAAUAUCUCAGUGACCACUGUCUUAUAGGCUGCAUCAGAAGUGCUAGUUCGUAAACGCUGCUACAAACGUUUUGAUGAGCAAGCCUUUAUGCAUGACUGCUAUCACACCAACUGGCAGAGUCUGAUCCCCUCUGUUGAAGAUGCCUGGUCGUACUUCAAGAACACAUUUACGCAAAUACUCAAUAAACACGCUCCAAUUAAACAAUACAGAUUCAAGUACCGCUCCAACCCC